AACUUGGAGCGUGCUGAAUACAGCAUUUGCAGGAUCAAAACAACACAGAGAAAGAUAAGAAACCAUCUACUGCAAAGACAAAAAAUGAGAUGAAGGUCGAGGGACUUGGUACUCCUCUUAGAUCUCUUAAGAACAAUAAGAAAAAUUCAGAUGGCAACAAUCUGAAAAUGCAGUCUGAUAAAUCAAAAACCCCUGCAGAGUCUGUUAUUGGGGAAGCUGAAAAUUCUACACUGUCCUCAACAAAACCUCAGCUUGAAGCUAAUGCAAAUGAAAAUGAACUUGCACUGAAGAGGAUGCUGGCUGAUGCAGCUUUUGCCCGGCUUAAACAAUCUGAAACUGGACUCUACCGCAAGUCUUUACAGGAACUAGUUGAUCUGUCCCAAAAAUAUUACAGUGAAGUUGCACUUCCGAAACUGGUAACCACUGAAUAA